UACAUAUAGAUAUCAAUCACAGUGUCGUUCUUUUGAAACGUGAUUAGAUUAUUCACUUGAUAUCAGUGUAAAUUAAUCUGUCAAGCAUGGAUCGAAUUUCCAUGAAAUUAAAAAAUCUUCAUUUAAUUCUAAAGUAUUCUCAUACAAAAUGAAUAAAAGUUUUAAAGGUUAACAUGCAAAUUAGUUAACAAUGAAAUUUUUAUAAAGCGCCAUUUUUAGUUUUCAAUGUACUUUUAAGAGAGAGAGAGAGAGAGAGAGAGAAAGAGGGGAAAAAGACAAUUAGUGAACGAGAAGGAAGCAUUGCACAUAUACAUAGAUAGAUGGCCGCCAUUUUUGAGACGAAUACUUGAUUGCAAAAAUUUUACUUUAUUUGGUUUCAUAUCUGACAAACUGUGAUUGUUGAAGGAAGUCAUAAGUAUCAAAUGACAUACAUAGAUGUAUUUUAAUCUUUUGUUGGAGUAUUAAAUUUUUCAUGUGCAUAUAUUAGUACUUUUAAGGGGUUAUUAAGGUACAUUUUGUAGUAUAAUUAUUAACACCCUCAAUAGUACUAAAAGAAUGCAGUUAGUAUUGGAAUAUCACAUAUAUAUACAGUAAAUGAGGAAACAAAUCCAAAGUGAACGUUGAUGAAAUAUUGUGUGUGAUGGAGGUGGAAAGUGCAAAAGGAAAUGAAGUGCGAUAACUUAAAAACAUGAAGAAAAUCCAUGGUAGAAUGGUAAAACAAAGUUCAGCAGAGGGGAUUGGAGUGAAGAAAUUUAUUUAUUACUUAGUGAACGUUGAAAAAGAAGUCUGACUGAUCAAACUAUUAGCUGGGAUAAAAUUUAAUAGAAAAACAUUGAUCAAAACAUAUAAAUUAAAUACUGCCGCUGAGUCAUUUUAUAUAAAGCUACAAUAUGACGUAAAAUUGUAUAAAUUAAAUAAAUAUUUUAAAGAAAUAAUUCAUAACUAUUGCACGUGGAAAAUUAACUUCUUAUUCAUAUAAAAAAGAUUAAUAUCAAAAAUAUAAUCACAUAAAUAAUUUGCUAAGUGAAUAAUUCGAAUUUACGUUAAAAAUAAAAAAUUAGAUAAUGUGUCGUCGAAUAAUACUCUUUGGGCUUCUUUUGCUCUUUAUUGCAAAUAACGCCUAUUGUAGUUUAAACAUUGAUGAGUUAAUAGAACCAAAUAUCCGACGCCGUCCUAUCUAUACUAAUCAUUUUGCUGUGCAUAUUCCGGAUGGGCCAGCUGUGGCAGCUGCAAUAGCUUCCAAGCAUGGAUUCAAUAAUAUUGGUCAGAUUGGCUCUCUAAAAAACUACUAUCUUUUUACACACAAUCAUGUGCGUAAACGAUCAUUAGACACCAGUGAGCACCAUCAUAAGCUUUUAAAAGACGAUCCACAAAUACUUUGGUUUCAACAACAACAUGAAAAACGACGCAAAAAACGGGAUUACAAUAUUUCACCGUUCAAUUUUGGUAGUUUUCCUAGUUUUUUGGAUGACUAUUCACCAGCGAGAUUUCGUCAAGCUUUUCAUCAUCAACGUAAUCGAGGGGUGUUGCAUGAAAAUGUCUUUACUGAUCCACUGUUUAGAGAACAAUGGUAUUUGAAUGGUGGAGCCAAAGACGGUUUUGAUAUGAACGUCGGUCCAGCCUGGCAAAAAAAUUAUACGGGAAAAGGUGUUGUCGUAUCCAUAUUGGAUGACGGAAUUCAAACGAAUCAUCCAGAUUUAGCAUUGAAUUAUGAUCACGAUGCAAGUACUGAUAUUAAUGAUAAUGAUGAUGAUCCAAUGCCUCGUGAUAAUGGAGAUAACAAACAUGGUACGCGAUGCGCUGGUGAAGUGGCUGCCGUUGCUUUUAAUCAGUACUGUGGAGUAGGAAUUGCCUAUAAUGCAAACAUUGGAGGUGUAAGAAUGUUAGAUGGCCCAGUGAAUGAUGCAGUAGAAGCCCGAGCUCUAGGCUUGAACCCUGACCACAUUGACAUCUACUCGGCGUCAUGGGGACCUGAGGAUGAUGGUAAAACAGUUGAUGGACCUGGACCUCUAGCUCGGCGAGCGUUUAUAUAUGGAGUAACAAGUGGUCGUAAAGGCAAAGGAUCCAUUUUUGUUUGGGCGUCGGGUAAUGGUGGUCGUCACACUGAUUCCUGUAACUGUGAUGGAUACACCAAUAGUAUCUUUACUUUAUCUAUAUCUAGUGCUACUCAAGGAGGAUACAAACCUUGGUAUCUAGAAGAAUGUAGUUCAACGUUAGCAUCUACAUAUUCGUCCGGAACUCCUGGAAAUGAUAAAAGUGUCGCUACGGUCGACAUGGACGGAAAACUUCGACCAGAUCAUAUAUGCACUGUUGAACAUACUGGAACUUCUGCUUCUGCUCCUCUGGCUGCUGGUAUUGCAGCAUUAGCUCUUGAAGCAAAUCCUAGUUUGACGUGGAGAGAUAUGCAAUAUUUAGUUGUUUUAACCUCCAGAUCAGAACCACUCGAAAAAGAGCCGGGAUGGAUUUUGAAUGGAGUGAAAAGAAAAGUUUCUCAUAAAUUCGGUUAUGGGUUAAUGGAUGCUGGUGCUAUGGUUGAAUUGGCUGAACAGUGGAUCAACGUUCCACCACAGCAUAUAUGUAAAUCACAAGAAAUAAACGAAGAUAGGCCCAUAGAUCCUACUUUAGGUUAUACUCUCAGUGUUUAUAUGGAUGUCAGUGGUUGUGCCGGGACAAUUAAUGAAGUUCGUUUUUUGGAGCACGUUCAAUGUAAGAUAUCAUUAAGAUUUUUUCCCCGGGGGAAUCUGCGCUUAUUACUUACUUCGCCUAUGGGGACGGUGUCAACAUUGCUUUUCGAAAGACCUAGAGAUGUUCUUAGUGCUAAUUUUGAUGAUUGGCCAUUUUUAAGUGUCCAUUUCUGGGGUGAAAAAGCAGAUGGUCGAUGGACAUUACAAAUUAUAAACGCCGGAAUAAGACGUGUGAAUACAGCUGGUAUCCUAAAAAAAUGGCAACUAAUAUUCUAUGGCACUGCUUCGAACCCAAUUCGGAUACGAACGCAAUUUAACCCGACUUUUGUUAAUUCAUACUCUGGAGCCACAUCAAAUAUUCAAGAGUCUUUGGCGUCUCUCGAUGGUUCUGCUUCAUCAAUUCUUACAAAUCGUUUAUCUAAUAACAAUAUUCCCAGUGAUAUAUCUAGAUCAUUACAAAGUUCCCUUGAUCCAUCAAAGCAGGUAUUGCAUAAUUGUGACCCUCAAUGUGAUGACCAAGGUUGUUACGGUACUGGACCUACCGAGUGUAUUUCAUGCAAAAACUAUAGACUUGAUAACAUGUGCGUGAGCCGAUGUCCGCCAAGAAGUUUUCCAAAUCAAGGUGGCGUAUGCUGGCCUUGUCAUGAAUCUUGUGAAACUUGUGCUGGUGCAGGCCAAGAUUCUUGUCUCUCUUGUGCACCAGCUCAUUUAAGAGUCAUUGAUCUUGCAGUUUGUCUCCAACAAUGUCCUGAAGGAUAUUACGAAAAUGUCGAAAAUAGUACUUGUGUUCCAUGUGAAGCGAAUUGUGCAAGUUGUCAAGAUCGACCAAGCCAUUGCACAAGUUGUGAGCAUCAUCUUGUAAUGUAUGAGAAUCAAUGUUACGCUGCUUGUCCUCUUUACACAUUUGAAACACAAGAUUAUAAUUGUGCACCAUGUCAUCCUAAUUGUGAGACAUGUAAUGGUACUGCUCAAGAUCAAUGUAUUAGUUGUAAACCCGGAUAUUUUUCAUUAAAUGGCGAAUGUCAUAGUAUGUGUCCAGCUGGUUAUAGCGCUGAUAAAAAACGUCGUGAAUGCGUACCUUGUCCUUUAGGAUGUAAAAGUUGUUCAACGGGAAGCUGUUUUAGUUGUAUUAACGGUUGGAGUUUGACUAAAAAAAGCCAAUGUGCACCUGAAAAUCGUAACAAAUGUGAUUCUUCGGAAUAUUAUGAUAAUGGUCAUUGUAAAUUAUGCCAUUCUACCUGUGAAACAUGCGCUGGUCCAACUGAAAAUUUCUGUAUAUCGUGUUCGAGCCCAUUAAUUCUCCAAAAUCACGAGUGUGUUCCUCAGUGUGAUGAUGGUUAUUAUUUACUUGCUCAAUCUUCACGAUCUAUAUGCUCGCCAUGUCUUCAUACUUGUAAAACUUGUGUAUCACGACUAAACUGUACUGCUUGUCAAGAUGGUUUACAAUUACAAAGUGGAGAAUGUAGAUCAGCUUGUGCACCAGGAUAUUACAGUGACCGUGGACAAUGUGCUAAAUGUUAUUUAUCUUGUAAAACAUGUUCUGGUCCACGAAGAGAUCAAUGUGUAACAUGUCCACAAGGAUGGCAAUUAGCAGCUGGUGAGUGUCACCCAGAAUGCCCGGAAGGCUUUUUUAAAUCUCAUUUCGGCUGUCAAAAAUGCCAUCAUUAUUGCCGAACAUGUAAAGGUGAAGGUCCACUUAAAUGUACAUCAUGUCCACCUCAUUCGAUGCUUGAUGGUGGUUUAUGUAUUGAAUGUCGAGGCGCCCAAUAUUAUGAUCCUCUAACACAAUUAUGCAAGACUUGUCACAAGAGUUGUCGACGAUGUACAGGUCCAGGUAAAUUCAGCUGUUCUGCGUGUACUUUACCACUACAUUUGGACAAACUUAAUAACCAAUGUGUGCCAUGCUGUUCAUCUCCUAAAACCAAAUCUAUAACUGAAGAAUGUUGUGUUUGUGAUCCAGAAACCGAAAGUUGUAGAAAUAGUUCACCAGCUGGCAAAAGAAGAGUACUUGGAACUGACAUUAAGACUAAUUUAUCAUUUUCAUCAUUCGAUACUCAAUUUGAAAGUCUUAAUGUAAAUAUGAAAGAUCAUCCGGCAAAUGUUACUAUAACAGUAGCUACGAUGAUGGCCGUCGCAAUUUGUAUUGCAUCGAUCGCUUUAUUUGCAGCUAUCUUUAUAGCACUUCAGGCUGCAUCAAAGAAGCGGGAAUCUGCGAUUGGAUACACAAAACUAGCGGUACGAGUUGAAUCAUCAGAUGAAGUUGAAGUAGACGAUAUGACUGAGCUUAUGACAUGAAUGUAUCUGUUGGAAAAAGAAUGCUGAAAAUGAAAAAAAUUUGUUUUAAUGCUAAAAGUAUUAUACCAUUCUAUAAAACUUUUGUAAUUUUAUUAUGGACUUGUGUCAAAAAAAAAGUGACCGGUGUCUUUGAGAAAGUAUUGUUAUUUCGUUGCUCAGAAGAUUCCGUAAACUUCAACGAACCGAAAUGAAAGUGAUAAAAAUGCAAUUCAAGAGAAAUUUAAAGUGUUUUAAGAAAGAAAAAAAAAUGAAUUUCAUGUUAAUAACAAUUAAUUCAAGAAGUAAAACACAAUGAAGUGAGUAAUGAUACAAAAAAAUAUAAUUGAAAUUUAAUGUUUUGAAAAAAUUGUGAAAAAUAUUUCAAAGUGCCUAAUCGAUAA